CGGGCGAUGGCACUUUUUCAAUUCAAUCGACGAUGGGAGAUCAAUUGGUGCUUCGCGGAACGCUCGCCGGCCACGGCAAGAACUGGGUGACGGCCAUCGCCACCUCGCGUGAAAACCCCAACUUGGUGGUCACGGCCUCGCGCGACAAGUCCGUCCUCGUCUGGCAACUUACCCACGACGCCGACCCGGACAACUACGGGUACGCUCGCCGCCGCUUGACGGGCCACUCCCACUUCGUCCAAGACGUCGUGAUCUCGUCGGACGGUCAAUUCGCCCUCUCCGGUUCGUGGGACGGCACCCUCCGCUUGUGGGACCUGAACACGGGUAUCACGACCCGUCGUUUCGUCGGACACUCGAAGGAUGUGUUGUCGGUCGCUUUCUCGGCGGACAACCGUCAAAUCGUGUCUGGUUCGCGCGAUCGCUCCAUCAAGUUGUGGAAUACCCUCGGCGAAUGCAAGUACACCAUCACCGAAGAAGGCCACACUGAAUGGGUGUCGUCCGUGCGCUUCUCCCCCUCGUCGGCCAACCCGUUGAUCGUGUCUGCCGGCUGGGACCGCGUUGUCAAGGUGUGGAACUUGACCAACUGCAAGCUCCGCACCAACUUGUUCGGCCAUUCUGGCUACUUGAACACCGUGACCGUCUCCCCUGACGGUUCGUUGUGCGCUUCGGGUGGCAAGGACGGUGUUGCCAUGUUGUGGGACUUGAACGAAGGCAAGCGCCUCUACGCGCUCGAAGCCAACGACAUCAUCCACGCGUUGGUCUUCUCCCCCAACCGCUACUGGUUGGUCGCCGCCACGUCGUCCGCGAUCAAGAUCUGGGACUUGGAAUCCAAGGUCGUCGUCGACGAAAUCGUCCCUACCUUUGAACACGUUGGCAAGAAGUCGCAACCUCCCCAUGCCGUGUCGCUUGCCUGGUCCGCCGAUGGGCAAUCGCUUUUCGCUGGUUACACCGACGGUAUCGUGCGUGUGUACGCCGUCGGUUCGAACUAAAUGUCGACGCCACGUUGACCUGGUUGAAUUGAAAGUACCACUUAACAGCUAUAACAUGGCGAGUGUGCUGUUACGUCGUUCCCUCGGUCUCUUCUUUGGGCCCAUCCGAACCCCUCAUUCCAAUGCAAGAUCCGCGCCGUCCGGCCGGCAAUUCGCUCCAUGUUGC